AUGGAUUAAUCAGAAUAUUCUUAUCUACAAUGUCCAGCUGAAGCCAUGGCCAUCCAACAUGAAUAAUUAUAUAUCAGAAAAACAGAAAAAGACAAGCAAUAUAGAAAGAUAUUUGGAGGAGAUGUUCAAUUUGAUUUAUUUGAGAUGCAGCAUAUUAAAUAAUUAGAGGAGGAGAUCAAAAAGAAAGGAAUAUAAUUACCAGAUGGUUGGACUUAAACUGACACUCUCAAAAUUUUGUAUAAUGGUAAAUUCAAGAUCAAAGAUUGCAUUGAGAGAUUAUCACUUCACUUAGGUUGGAGAGCUAAUUCUAAUAUGCAUACAUUGAAUAAAUAAAUGUAAGAAUUUUUAGAUGCUGGAUUUCUAUACACAUUUGGAAGAGACUACUAAUUUAGACCUGUCAUUUAUUUAGAGGCAUACAGAGUAGAUUAAAAAAAAUAUCCAAAGGACUUUAUGAUCUAGGUGUUGUCAUUCUUUUUGGGGUUUGUCAAGAAAUAUAUGAUGAUGCCUGGAAAAGUUGAGAAUUGGAUUUGUAUUAUUGAUACUAAAGAUAUUGGUGUUUUUGGAUUACCCUCUGGAUUAGGAGAUAUAAUUAAAACUAUGGCUCUUAAUUUUGUUGGAUGUUUACAUAGAAUGUAUGUGCUAAAUCCAUCAACAGGAGUUGAUUUAUCUUGGAAAGCUGGUGCUGCAUUUAUGGAUGAUGAAAGCAAAUCUAAAAAUGUGUUUUUGACAAAGAAAACUUUAGAAAAAUUAAAGGAAGCAAUUCCAUAAGAUCAAUUAGAGAAAAAGUAUUUAGGAACUGCUGAAAAUCUAACUUAGUUUUGGCCACCAAAAAUUGCUAAAAAAUGA